UCUCAGGCGGGUGAGCAAAUUCCAAUCAAAGCAAAUCGAAUAUCUCGCAUACGCCAUGGAGCCAGUCAUGAGCUUGGCACUGGCCGCCCAUGGGCCGCCCAGUAUACUGGAGCCGUUGUUUAAAACCGUAACUACGAGCACAAGCACAACAACAAGCACGACGGCUGCCACGACGAGCAGCAGCAGCAGCCCCACCAUCAGCCCCACCAUAACCACCAGCAGCACCCUGCUGACGGCUCUGCUUGAGAACCUGACCUCAACGGCGGCGAGUGGCCUCUACGAUCCAUAUGGGAACCACACGAACUCCAGCCUGGGCUUUGAGACGAAGGGGCCGAGGUACUCAGUGGCCUCGAUGCUUGUUAUGGGCUUCGUAGCGGCGAUUCUGAGCGCGGUGACAGUUGCGGGCAACCUCAUGGUGAUGAUCUCGUUCAAGAUCGACAAGCAGCUGCAGACGAUCAGCAACUACUUCCUCUUCUCGCUGGCCAUCGCGGACUUCGCGAUCGGCGCCAUCUCUAUGCCGCUCUUUGCGGUCACCACGAUACUGGGCUACUGGCCGCUGGGGCCGCACGUGUGCGAUACCUGGCUGGCCCUCGACUACCUCGCCUCGAACGCCUCCGUGCUGAACCUGCUCAUCAUCAGCUUCGACCGGUACUUCAGUGUCACUCGGCCGUUGACAUAUCGCGCUAAGCGCACGACCAACAAGGCGGCCGUCAUGAUCGGCGCUGCCUGGGGCAUCAGCUUGCUGCUGUGGCCGCCCUGGAUCUACAGCUGGCCCUACAUCGAGGGCAAGCGCACGGUGCCCAAGGACGAGUGCUACAUCCAGUUCAUUGAGACGAACCAGUACAUCACCUUCGGCACUGCGCUGGCUGCGUUCUACUUUCCCGUUACGAUCAUGUGUUUCCUCUACUUCCGCAUCUGGCGGGAGACGAAGAAGCGCCAGAAGGAUCUGCCCAAUUUGCAGGCCGGCAAAAAGGACUCUAGUAAGCGAUCCAAUAGCAGCGACGAAAAUACCGUGGUGAAUCACACAUCGGGGGGCCUCCUGGGGUUCGGCCAGCUGGGCGGCAAUGAUCAUGAUACGUGGCGACGGCCGCGCUCCGAGAGCUCGGCGGAUGCAGAAAGCGUCUACAUGACAAACAUGGUCAUCGACUCGGGAUAUCACGGCAUGCACUCGCGCAAGUCGAGCAUCAAGAGCACCAAUACAAUCAAAAAGCCAUAUUCUUGCUUUGGCAGCAUCAAGGAGUGGUGCAUCGCGUGGUGGCACUCGGGCCGCGAAGACUCCGACGAUUUUGCCUACGAGCAGGAGGAGCCAUCUGAUUUAGGGUAUGCAACACCAGUAACAAUUGAAACUCCUUUACAAAGCUCCGUCUCCAGAUGCACCUCGAUGAACGUCAUGCGGGACAACUACUCGAUGGGCGGCAGCGUGAGCGGGGUGCGGCCGCCGAGCAUAAUGCUGGCGGAUGUGUCGCCGACGCCGCUGCGCCCGCCACUCAAUUCCAUUUCGCAGAUGCAGAUGCAGGAAAUGAACGCGACCGGCAAUGGCAACAACGGCAAUGUCAACAUCAACAUCAGCAUCAAUGCCGGCAAUGGAGCUGGGGGCGGCGGCGGGUGUGGCGGUGCUGCGCUCAGCAACAACAAUAAUAUGAACGGUGGCAGCGCCAAUAGCAACCCGAGCGCCAAUGCGCUGCGUGACUCACGAGCGCUGCCCGUGAGCAAUCGCAUCGGGUCGCGCUCGGUUAGCCAGGACUCGGUCUACACAAUACUCAUCCGGCUGCCGCCAGAUGGCGCCAGCUCGGCGACCGGCAGCAGCGGAGCGGGCGGCGUCAACAACGCCCUGGGCAGCCAGGGCGUCCAUGGCGAUUGCGGGCCCUCCAUCAAGAUGAUACACGAGGAUGUCUCGACGGUGGGGGCGGGCAGCAUAGGCGUGGUCACGACAGCCCCACCGCCCACGCGCCGCCCCUUGCCGUCGCGUGACUCGGAGUUCAGCCUACCGUUGGGCAGGCGGAUGUCGCACGCCCCCCAGGACAUGCGGCUGCUGAACGCGAAGGUCAUACCAAAGCAGCUGGGCAAGACGGCGGGGCAGAAUGCGCUGCUGAACGCGCGCAACGCGGCCAAGAAGAAGAAAAAGUCGCAGGAGAAGCGGCAGGAGUCGAAGGCGGCCAAAACACUGUCGGCCAUCCUGCUCAGCUUCAUCAUAACGUGGACGCCGUACAACAUUCUAGUCCUGAUCAAGCCGCUGACCACCUGCUCGGACUGCAUUCCCACCGAGCUGUGGGACUUCUUCUACGCCCUGUGCUACAUCAACUCAACCAUCAAUCCCAUGUGCUACGCGCUCUGCAACGCCUCCUUCCGGCGCACCUACAUUCGCAUCCUCACCUGCAAAUGGCAGUCGCGUAAUCGCGAGGGCAUGGUCAGAGGCGUGUACAACUAGGGCGGCGCAACGCCUAAAGUUGGUCACUUAUAAGAAUUCUGUUCAUACAAGUUACAAUAAAUGUGUUAGGCCAAAAAUUAUAUUAAAAAAAAAAAGAAGCCAAAACAAAACCAAAAUCCAAUAAAUGGGAAAUGUUAGCAAUAGCAAAAACCAAAACUAGGCUUAGGUAACACUCUGACAAGCAGUACUGAUUUUUGAUGUCUAGCCAACAAUAUAUAAAUAUAUUGAU